CCGACCUUUCAAAACACACCAACAGACCCGGCUCUCCCCCACCUCCAAGCUGAUUGGCUAGUGACUUUCCCAUGCUGUGGCAGCAGUAGGGAGAGAGAGCGCAGUGCCAUAUCACGAAGGACCGAGCAAACAGAGCGAGAGAGGGAAAUAAAGCAAACACCUUCAGGCUAAAGGACAAUAAAGGAGGAGGGAAACAAAACCUGCCCGCACCAUAGGCUACUCUGCCUUUCUGAGAUUGUUGUUGUUGAACAGUCGGAAGGAUCUCCACCAUGCUGCUGCUGACGCUGCGCCCAGCGCCGUUUUAAGGAUGCCCGGUUCCACCUGAGGUUCAUUUAAAGGAUCCGUAGCCUACAGACGUUCCACAGUCCAGGACGCUCCGGGGAAUGCAGAACCUGCGACAAGCGGCCACGGAGGCGUUCCAUCGCCUGGGUCUGAAACAGAGACAACUGGGAUAUGAGGAGCUGAGUGACCAGUCAGAGUCGUCCUCCUCGAGGCCGCACCCCCAUUGGUUCCACACGCUGCAGGUGCGCCGGCUGCGCGUCCAGAGGGGGCGGAGCAACAGCGACCCCCUGGGGCGGAGCAACAGCGAACCCCUGGGGGGGAAGAGCUUUGAGCAGGAGUUCCAAUGGAAGACAGGCCUGCAGUUUGGCACCGCCAACUCAUACCUGAACCUGGAGAAACUGGGAGAGGGGACCUACGCCACAGUCUACAAGGGGAUCAGCCGGAUAAAUGGACACCUGGUGGCGUUAAAGGUGAUCCGCAUGAAGACGGAGGAGGGCGUGCCCUUCACAGCCAUCAGAGAAGCUUCCCUGCUGAAAGGGCUGAAACACGCCAACAUCGUCCUCCUCCACGACAUCAUCCACACCCGAGAGUCCCUCACCUUCGUGUUUGAAUACGUGCAAACAGACCUGGCCCAGUACAUGACACAACAUCCUGGAGGACUUCACUCCUACAAUGUCAGGAUCUUCAUGUUCCAGUUGCUGAGGGGUCUCUCCUACAUCCAUAGCCGCAGGAUCCUCCACAGAGACCUGAAGCCCCAGAACCUGCUCAUCAGUUACCUGGGGGAACUCAAACUGGCUGACUUUGGCCUGGCCCGGUCCAAGUCCAUCCCCUGCCAGACCUACUCAUCAGAGGUGGUGACUCUGUGGUACCGGCCCCCUGAUGUUCUCCUCGGUUCUACGGACUACUCCACUGCUCUGGACAUUUGGGGAGCUGGGUGUGUCUUUAUCGAGAUGCUUCAGGGAAGCCCAGCUUUCCCAGGGGUGGCAGAUGUCUUCGAACAGCUACAGAAGAUUUGGACCGUUCUGGGGUUGCCCAACGAGGUCUGCUGGCCUGGGGUCAGCGAGCUGCCCAACUUCAAACCAGAAUGGUUUCUUCCGUGUGAGCCACAGCAGUUCAGAAAUGUCUGGAAAAGGCUGUCUCAGCUGCCGUACAAGACGGAGGACCUGGCCCAGCGCAUGCUCAUGCUCCUACCACGAGACCGCACGGUGGCCCAGGAUGCAUUGCAGCACCCUUACUUCAACACCCUGCCGCCUCCCAUCAUGCAACUCAGGGACACUGUAUCGAUCUUCAAGGUCCCAGGUGUGAGGCUGGAAACAGAGGUGAGGGACAUCUUCAGUCCCAGUCGAAGGCUCAUGCCCUCCUUGGUGCCCCUGGCCAAGUGCUGGUGAUGCCCUCCCAGAGCCAGCUACCUAGCACCUCCCCCCCCCCCCCAGCCUCCCGCCCCGGGCCCCCACCCCGGCCUGGCACCAGCGAGGGCCUCUCACACACCCCGACACCUCCAGCGAGCACCACCCCAGCCCUGCUUCAGAGGGUGUGUGAAGAGGACGCCAGACCGACGGGUGUCAGGGUCCUCUGACAGCCUGUCAGAUCACGGCUGCUCGUGUUCAGGAAGUCCCAGGCCUACGGGUCUGUGAGGGGUUGAACAUUCAAACUCCCCGUCUAUCAACUGUUAGAACUGGUAUCUCCGAACUCUCCAAGGUCACCAUCUCUCCUUC